AUGGAUAAGGAGAAAUCCCCGGGCCACGGUGGAGGUUUACCACCUCCGUCAGUUCGUUACUCUGGUUUUUCGCCCAUGGGAAGUAGCUUCAGUGUGAAACCUGAGCCAUCUUCAGCAUCACCAUCGUACCCGCCAUUGGCACCAGGUUCUAGUUCGGAAUCAGGACAUUUUGGACAUGGCAUGAGUGCUGAUUCUAGUUGCUUUAGCAACGAUAUUAGUGGAAUGACUGAUACACCGCGGAGGAAUUUGGGUCAUAGACGUGCCCAUUCGGAAAUUCUCACACUUCCUGUUGACAUUGGCUUCGAUAGUGACCUUGGUGUUGUGGGUGGCGCUGACGUUCCUUCAUUUUCGGAUGAGACUGAGGAGGACUUGUCUAUAUACCUUGAUUUGGAUAAGUUCAAUUCAUCAUCUUCUACGCCUUCUUUCCAAGUGGGUGAGCCAUCUUCUGCUGUGGCAGCACCAAGUCCGGCACUGACAUCCAUGGUAACACCAGCAUCUGGUGCAGUGACUUCUGCUGAGAAUGUUGCCACUGGUGCUAACGAGCGGCCCAGAGUUAGGCACCAACAUAGCCAGUCCAUGGAUGGGUCCAUGACAAUUAAACCGGAGAUGCUUGUGUCAGGUUCAGAAGAUAUAUCUGCAGUUGAUUCCAAGAAAGCCAUGCCAACUGCUAAGCUUGCAGAGCUUGCUUUAAUUGAUCCCAAGCAUGCAAAGAGGAUCUGGGCAAACAGGCAGUCAGCUGCUAGAUCAAAGGAAAGGAAGAUGCGAUACAUUGCAGAGCUUGAAAGGAAGGUGCAGACACUGCAAACAGAAGCAACUUCAUUGUCUGCUCAACUGAUCCUCUUGCAGAGAGAUACAAAUGGUCUGACGGCUGAGAACAGCGAACUGAAACUGUGCUUGCAAACAAUGGAGCAACAGGUUCACUUUCAAGAUGCACUAAAUGAUGCACUCAGAAAAGAGAUUCAGCACUUUAAAGUGUUGACUGGCCAAGCUACGCCAAACGGUGGUCCCAUGAUGAAUUUUUCGUCUUUUGGAGCUGGCCAGCAAUUCUAUUCUAACAAUCAGGCAAUGCACACCCAUUUAACGACACAGCAGUUUCAAAAGCUUCAGAUUCAUUCGCGGAAGCUGCAGCAUCAGCUUCAGCAACAUCCACUGCAUCAGCUUCAGCAACAAACUGGAAAUUUGAAAAUCAGAGGAUCCAUGUCUUCUCCCAGUCAAAAAGAAAAUGCUGCGGAUGUUAACUCUCUGAUGUUAUGA